UUGUUUAUAAAUUUGGUAGUAGCAGUACAAUAGUCAGUACAACAUAUUUGAAACAAGAACUCGGUGGUUGCUGUCAGCCUCUGCAGAGUUGCAGAGUUAUAGAUCAGAAAGCUCAGAGCUUCUUCUUCUCUCUCACUCUGCCAUUCAAAUACAUUCCACCGUUAAAGCUCUCCCAUUUCAAAUUUCCCUCCACAAAAUGGAAACUCACUCGGUUUCCAAGCUCUUAGCUUUGUACUUGGUGGCCGCCUUGUUUGUGGGUUCUGAGCUGAUCCAAUGCACCACUGUGAGCUAUGACAAGAAGGCCAUUCUCAUCAAUGGCCGGAGAAGACUACUCAUCUCCGGCUCAAUUCACUAUCCUAGAAGCACCCCUGAAAUGUGGGAAGGUCUUAUACAGAAAGCUAAAGAUGGAGGGUUGGAUGUGAUUGACACUUAUGUUUUCUGGAAUGGUCAUGAACCUUCUCCUGGCAAUUACUAUUUUGAGGGGAGAUAUGAUCUUGUACGGUUCAUAAGGACAGUACAGAAAGCAGGGCUCUACCUUCAUCUGCGAAUUGGACCUUAUGUUUGUGCAGAAUGGAAUUUUGGAGGAUUUCCUGUUUGGCUAAAAUAUGUUCCUGGAAUCAGCUUCAGAACAGACAAUGGGCCAUUCAAGAUGGCAAUGCAAGGGUUUACCCAGAAAAUUGUCCAGAUGAUGAAAAAUGAAAGGCUAUUUGCAUCACAAGGUGGCCCCAUAAUCCUUUCUCAGAUUGAGAAUGAAUAUGGGCCAGAAAGCAAGGCACUUGGAGCUGCUGGUCAUAACUACAUAAACUGGGCUGCCAAAAUGGCCGUUGGAAUGAAUACCGGAGUCCCAUGGGUGAUGUGCAAGGAAGAUGAUGCCCCCGACCCUAUGAUAAAUUCAUGUAAUGGUUUUUACUGUGAUGGUUUCACUCCCAACAAACCUUACAAGCCUACUUUGUGGACUGAGGCUUGGAGUGGCUGGUUUUCUGAGUUUGGCGGCACAGUUCACCACCGACCUGUUCAAGAUUUGGCAUUUGCAGUCGCUCGCUUCAUACAGAAGGGUGGCUCAUAUGUUAAUUACUACAUGUAUCAUGGAGGUACCAACUUCGGACGCACUGCUGGAGGCCCAUUCAUUACAACAAGCUAUGACUAUGAUGCUCCAAUUGAUGAAUAUGGUUUGAUCAGAGAACCUAAAUAUACUCAUCUGAAGGAGCUUCAUAGGGCUAUUAAGCUAUCUGAACAUGCUUUAGUUUCAUCUGAUCCUACUGUUACUUCAUUAGGAACCUAUCAGCAGGCUUAUGUAUUCAAUUCAGGACCAAGAAGCUGUGCAGCUUUUCUCUCGAACUUUCAUAUGAAAUCUGCUGCAACUGUGACUUUUAAUAACAUGCACUAUGAUCUACCUGCUUGGUCUGUCAGCAUCCUUCCUGAUUGCAGAAAUGCAGUAUUUAACACUGCAAAGGUGGGAGUCCCAACUUCACGGGUGCAGAUGACCCCAACCCACAAUCGUUUGCUUUAUUGGGAGACUUAUGGUGAAGAUCUUUCCUCUCUACAUGAUAGGUCGAGCAUAUCAACUAUUGGACUUCUAGAGCAGAUAAAUGUCACUAGAGAUACCAGUGACUAUCUAUGGUACAUGACCAACAUUGAGAUCAAUUCAUGGGAGUCUUUUCUCCAUGGAGGAAAAUGGCCGACACUUACUCUGCAGUCAGCAGGUCAUGCCAUCCAUGUCUUCAUCAAUGGACAGUUCUCAGGUAUGUCAAAGCAUUUUUGUUCUACCACAGAAAGUGAGCAGGAACUUAUUGUUCUAUCUGAUUCAGGCUUCAAAUUUUGCAUCUAUCUUGACUCCAAUUUGAACAUAAUUACAGGUUCAGCCUUUGGAACUAGGGAGCAGAGGGAAUUUACAUUUACAAAACCAGUGAACCUUCAUGCUGGAAUAAACAGAAUUGCACUGCUCAGCAUAGCUGUUGGACUACCGAAUGUUGGGUUGCAUUUUGAGACAUGGAAAACAGGAAUCCAAGGUCCAGUUUUUCUGGAUGGUCUUAGCCGGGGAAGGAAAGAUUUAACAAUACAGAAGUGGUUAUACAAGGUUGGCCUAAAUGGAGAGACAAUGAAUUUGAUCUCUCCCAGUGGAGCCUCAUCCGUUGAUUGGAUCAGAGCAUCACUAGCUACUCAUAACCAGCAGUUAAAAUGGUACAAGGCCUAUUUUAACGCACCUUUAGGAAAUGAACCAUUGGCUUUGGACAUGCGGAGCAUGGGAAAGGGUCAAGUGUGGAUCAACGGGCAGAGUAUUGGAAGAUACUGGAUGGCUUUUGCUAAUGGCGACUGUAGUAUGUGCAGUUACACCGGGACAUACCGGCAGACAAAGUGUCAACUAGGCUGUGGUCAACCAACCCAACGAUGGUAUCAUGUCCCUCGGUCCUGGUUAAAGCCAACAAAAAAUUUACUCGUAGUUUUUGAAGAACUUGGUGGUGAUCCAUCGAAGAUUACCCUGGUCAAGAGAUCACUGACAAGAUAAAAGCCUAUCAUCAUCAUAGAAAACAUUGGCUGCACACGAAGCUAGCCCUGAAGCAAAGUAUCAAGGCAUAUAGUUGACUGUUAUUUAUCAUUACCUAUUAGAAUGGGUGUUUGGAUUCGCAAUAUGAUUCUGUAUAGUAGUUUGUUACGUAUAGGCAAGUGCUAUUGCCUCAAAGUUCAAUUAGAUUGGCUGCCAAUUUAUACACGAAAAUGACUCGAAAUAUGAUUGUUGUUUGGCAAUUUAGCAAAAGAUGGAAUGAAAAUUAUGAUAUCGAUGCUUCUUGUUGA